AUGGCCUCCACGGAGACGGAACCAAGUGCCAGUGCAGAGGGCAAUGGAAUGACCGGUGGUGCGGAUCAAACCCCGUACAACAGACCAACAGGUACAAAUGCCUUAUUCACUGAGACCUUGGCCCUGUACGACGAGUACCAGCUGCACAGACUGACAAAGUUCUACCGGGACCGAUUGGAACAGGCCAUUGAGGAAGGCGUGGAGGACAUCAGCUCAAGGCUCAGACAGAAGGAAUGUUUCACCCCGCAGGAGCACACAAAACUCACUGAGCUCACACACAGUGGGCAGAGGAGACAAAGCUCCAAAUUUCUUCUGAACCUGGUGAUGGUGAAAGGUUCUGAGGCCCGGAGAGUGAUGUGGGAAUCCUUUGUGAAAAUGAGACCCACUUUGCCCAAACUGAACAAAAUCAUGACGGAAAUACAGCAACAAGGUGCCAGUCUAGUGGAUGAAGUGACCAUUGACCGAAGUGUAUCAGAUGUCUCCAGUGAUCUGAAAGCCAUUCAGCAAUUGCACAAGGAGACGUUAAAGAAACAAACUGAGAAACUGGAAGUGAAGACCAUCGUGAUAAAGGAGAAGGUGAAGCAGUUUCAGUUGGUUGAUCGCUACACGGAGCUGACAAUCAUUUCUGAUGUACGUGACCGGGAUCUGGUAGAACAUGAGCUGCUGUUGAGAGGCAGAGAACACGAGGAGUGGAGACAGAAGCAGCUCCGGGGAGAGCUGGAAAAAAUCCGAAUUGAUAAACUGUUCCACAGCAGCUUCUCUGGAGGAGGUCUAUUUUCCUGGUUGAAAAAAAUCUUCAAGAGAAGCGGACCUGGCAAUUUCACAGGGUCUUCCGCAGUAGUGAGUGGAGUGGCUGGGAUUGGAAAAACAACUAUGGUGCAAAAGAUUGUCAAUGACUGGGCCACAGGCAAAAUCUAUUCUCACUUUCACUUCAUAUUUAUUUUUAAAUUCCGAGAUCUAAACAGAUUAAACUGCAGAAUUACACUGAACCGCCUGACCGUGGAGCAGUAUCCUUACCUCAGGGGUGUUCUGGAUGAGCUGUGGAAACAACCAGAGACAUUGCUCUUUAUAUUUGAUGGUUUGGAUGAAUUUAGGGGAAGUAUUGAUUUCGCUGACAAUCGGAGAGACACAGAGCCUCAGCGCAGGUGCACAGACCCUGAAUUCCGUUGUAAAAUGUCUGACAUUGUGUACAGUUUAAUACAGAAAAAGCUGCUGCCAGGCUGCUCAGUGCUGGUGACCAGCCGCCCCACUGCAUUACAGUUACUGGCAAAGGCUCAGGUCAGUGUCUGGGCUGAAAUCCUGGGAUUUGUGGGUGAAGAGAAAAGGGAAUAUUUUCACAAGUUCUUUGAGGAUCAGGAGGUGGCGGCUGCUGUUUACAGCCACGUGGAGGAGAACGAGCUCCUGCUCACCAUGUGCUACAACCCGUCCUACUGCUGGAUCCUCGCUCUGUCUCUGGGUCCCUUCUUUACACGGAAACACAGCAACAAACAGCGAAUUGGUGAGAUGGCCUUCACUGGAGUCUCCCAGAGAAACAUUGUCUUUAAUGAUGAAGAUCUGAUCAAAUAUAACCUCCAGCCUUCCCAGUUCCUCUCUGGGUUUCUCGUGGAACUUGUGGAGAGAGAGUCUUCAGAUCACAGCGUGGUCUACACUUUUCCGCACCUCACCAUCCAGGAAUUUGUAGCCGCAGUCGCUCAGUUCCUGUCUCCAAAUACAGGAGAUCUGCAGAAACACCUCAAUAAAGCUCACAGGGAGGAGGACGGCCGGUUUGAGAUAUUCCUGCGCUUUGUUGCUGGUCUCUCCUCCCCACGGGCAGCUCAGCCACUGGAGGAGUUUCUGGGCCCAUUUGUCCAUCAGACAACCUGUGCGGUGAUCGAUUGGCUGAAGGAGAAGUUUAAAGCUCAGAUCAGUGACACGGUCACCGUCACUGGGAAAAGGAAGCUGCUGAACACACUCCACUACCUGUUUGAGUCUCAGAAUCAAGCUCUAGCACAGCUCACACUGGGCUCUAUACACACACUGACAUUUGGUGACUCCUCUCCAGAGAAAGCAUUGAGACUGACACCGAUAGACUGUGUUGUGGUGUCUCAGGCCAUUGGACUGUGUGACACAAUAAAACAACUGAAUCUGAAGAACUGCUACAUUCAGGAGGAGGGUCUCCAGCGUCUGGUUCCUGCUCUGCACAAGUGUCAAGAGUUGCU